AUGGCGGGCUUUAGAGAUCGCGAAAAACAACAUUUCCCACUUGAAAGUAGUCAAGCCGUGGUCGAUUUAUUCGUUGAUCAACUCGAAUGUAGUGAUGGGCCUAAUUUAGCUCUGUUAUCUACUGUUAUUGGAGCUACAGAACAUAAGUUGACAAUCAAUAGAAACGUGUCAGGAAGUGAUAACCAUUCGAAGACUUUGGAGCCCAUUUUCCCAGUUAUCGAACUGUCCACUAUUGAAGCUUUGUAUACAAAGUUUAUAACGGAUGUCAAGAGUGGUGUUGACCUGUCAUCAUUAAGAAAAGAUGUUGCCACACGAGAACUAGUCAAAAGAGUGUCGGACAUUAUUUGGAGUCGACUAACAAGGAGUUAUUACAAAGAUAAAGCCCAUCUUCAGUCGCUAUACAGUUAUCUCACAGGGAACAAAUUAGAUUGUUUUGGCGUUGCAUUUGCAGUUGUUGCAGCAUUCCAAGUGUUAGGUUUCAAUGAUGUACACCUUGCACUGUCCGAAGAUCAUGCAUGGGUAGUUUUUGGUGAAGAUGGCACAGAUACUGCAGAAGUAACAUGGCAUGGGAAAGGUAAUGAAGAUAAGAGAGGACAGCCAGUAGGUUUAGAAGUAACAGAGAAAAGUUGGUUAUAUCUGUGUGGUCAAGCUGUAAUCUGUACUAAAGAAAUGGAAGUGGCUGCUUUGGUUUCUGGUAUCAAUCCAUCUAUCAGUGCAACCAAGGACAGUGUAGAAAUGAGUAGCCUACAACAGGAUCUUCUGUGGGUGUUAUAUGAUAAACAACAUAUACAGAAGUAUCCAAUGGCGCUAGGUAACCUAGGAGAUUUAGAAGAAAUUAAUCCAAGUCCUGGUCGACCAUCUUGUAAAUCAUUGUAUCUGCAGGCUAUUGAUGCUUCUAAGAAGUACUAUGACAAUAAACAUGUCUAUCCGUAUACAUAUCUUGGAGCUUAUUUAUACCGUAAAAGACAUUAUAAAGCUGCUAUUUUAGCCUGGUCUGAAGCUGCAGCUGUUGUUAGCAAUUUUAACUAUAACAGACAAGAUGAAGAAAUUUAUAAGGAAUUUCUGGAAAUUGCUAAUGAAUUUAUUCCUAAUAUUGUGAAAGCUGUCUCUAAUGAAAAUAGUUCCGAUCCUUUAAAAUUACCGUUAUUGAGAGAUCCUGAAGUUUAUGCGAAUUUGUUACGAUUUUAUGAUGGGAUCUGUGAAUGGGAAGAGGAUAGUUCUACGCCAGUUCUUCAUAUCACCUGGGCACACCAUAUGGUGUUUUCUCUAUCUAAAUUUGAUCCAAAAGUCCGUGAAUUUUUAACAGUUGCCUCAGAAGGUGACAGUGAUGACGAUGACAAUUCUGAUGAAGAAAAUAACGAACAUGAAAAGCGUCGGGGAUCUCAUAGCGAGUCUAAAUCUGGUCCUUCAUUACGUGGUCAGCGACGCUCAGUGGGGUCAGAUAAAGUUGGGAAGCAUGAAAAUGGGGCUAAUGCGAAUGACAGUGUGAAUGGAAAUUCUAAGGAAGAUCAAAUACAAUCCACAAUAAAAGAUUUAGUCUCGAAAGUGGGUGACAAUGGGAAAAAUGAGACCCCAAAUCCAAACAUUCAAGCUUUAUCGCAAGCAUGUGGUGACUCUAUUUUGAAUAAAGAUUAUUUAUUGGGCAGUGGUGAGCCUUUUACCACAGCUUCAGCAUCUACCACAACAAAUAGUACACCAACAGACUCUCGUGUGGAUAUCGAGGACUUUUUAAGCACCAAAUCUAAUGGUACGCCAUUCAUUGGUUUAACUAUGGACUCUAUGUUAAAAGCAGAUAGUCCUGCUGACAUGAUGUUGUGUCGUAAAGACUCUGAUGUGGUAGCUGACACAGACAGUGAAGGAACAAGCAAUGAUUAUCUUUCAGGCAUCAAUCCUGUCUCUUUAUCCUUACGAAGUGCAAAAAUGAAAGGCUUGAGAAAGAUUUUCACAUCAGCAAAAUUAAAUGCUAGUGCAAUUAAACUGCAGUUGACUGCUCAGUCCCAAGUUCAUAUGAAACAAUCAAAGCGAGGUGGAGCUGAAUUUGAUUUGUCAGUUCGUAAAAGAACGCGACGAGAAUAA